CAACCGUUUCAGCAUCACUCCAGCAACAAUGCAACUCCUCCACCACCUCCUCUUCCCAAUCCUCCUACUCACCGGCGCCUCGGCAGCCUCCGCACGCCGCGCCUGCUCAAAGGCGAUCUUCGUCCUCAGCGGCGAUUCCACAACGGCGCCAGGUGGCGGGUGGGGCGACAGCUUCAACGCGACGACUCUGCUACCGCCGAGCUUCGGCGAGAACCACGCUGUGGGCGGACGGUCGACACAGAGCGUGCUCGCGAACGGCGAGUGGGCCGCAGUCCUGGACGCCGUCGAGGACUAUAAGGCCCAGGGAAAUGUCUAUGUCACCAUACAGUUCGGACAUAACGAUCAGAAAAUCGCGAACUUUACCGCGCAGUUCGAGGUUAAUCUCAGGCGCAUGGUCAACGAUGUUAAGGCGGCCGGAGGGGUGCCGGUUCUGGUGACGCCUCUCGCGCGGCGCACGUGGUCCGGCGGCGUCCUCACCGAUCUCCUCGGCGACUGGGCCGCGAUCGCGCUAUCGGUAGCGGCAGAGACGGGGACGCACAAGAUCGAGCUUUUGAAGGAGAGCAUGCGGUACCUUGCUGCGAUCGGCGAGGCGAACGCGCGCACGUUCGAUCUGGCCGCCGGCGAUAAAACGCACCUGAACGCUGUGGGAGCUGUGGUGUUUUCCCGCUUGGUUAGCGAUCUCCUCGGUGCGGAGUUGGGAGAGCCCGUCAGGUGUGUCACGAACAGGAAUGAGACGCUUAGUGCUGCGAUUAGGGAUGGGGUUAUGGCUACGUAG